CACAAGUACAGAUGGCCGGAGCGGGCUGCAGCCGAGGAGAAUCUCAGUCCUAGUCCCAACCCCAGCCAGGGCCACCCCCAAAGAGCCCCCCGGCCAUCAGCUCACUGGCCGCAGCAGCCACACGCUGACACAAGGACAGCUGUAGAGCUACCGCAGAGGGACACAGAGCCGCGGGAACAAUAGCAAAUGCCCACAGCGAUCGGCACACACGCACCGGACCUCUCCCGGGCCGGGGGAGCAGCUGGCAAGGCCAGGGGGACAAGAGCUGCUGUCCCUGGCCGGGACCCGCCGAUGUCCUCCUGCCACCCGCGCUCCUAAAUCAUGUGGCGACUCAGGCCGUGAGAGGAGGGGCUGGCUGGGGACAGACACUGCCAAGAAUCUACCGAGCCAUCCCAACUUGUCACCCCUCUCAUCCGCAGCCCCCCCGGUUCCCAUGAGGCCGCCGCUGCCACUGCUGGUGCUGUGGGUGCUGUGGGUGCCGCGGCUCCCGGGAUCGCUGGCAGAGGGUGAGGGAUGCAACCGGACAGCAGAAGCAGGGCUGGAGGGAGAGGGUGCACAAAGUUAUACAGGAACAGCCCUGAACCUCAGCGUGAGUGACCGCGGCCGGUCAGACUCCCUUCUUCUGUCCUGGGAUGAGCCCACAGAGGGUGCCGAGGGAUAUUCGCUGGUCCUCUCCUCCCUGGGGUCAGGUACACAUCUGCAGAAUGGAUCUGCUGGACCCAAUGUCACCACCUUCUGGUUCCACGGGCUGACCCCUGGCACGGGCUACAAGAUUGAGGUGACAGCCACACUUGCGUGCAUGGAGAGCAUCAGCCAGACAGUCACAGCACAGACAAGUCCCUCACCUGUUAGCAACCUCAGCCUCAGCAGCAACGGGAGCCCUGGAGUGCUCAGGGCAUCUUGGGCACAUGCCCAAGGCCAGCGGGACAGCUACCACCUUGCCCUCUACCACAGUGAGUCCCAGAUGCUGGUGAGAAAUGUGUCUGUCCUGCCCAGCACCUCCACCUUCCUCUUCGAGGGGCUGCUGCCUGGCAGUGAGUACGCCCUGAGGGUCAGCACCAAGUCUGGAGCCAGGCAGGCCAGCACCAGUGUGCACCAGUGGACAGCUCCCUCCAUCCCCACCCAGCUGACUCUUAUCCCAGGCUCCAGCACCAGCCUGGUGGCCUCCUGGGGCAAUGCCACGGGGGCUGCCUGGCUGCACCUCGUGCUCCACAACCUCCUCACCCAAACUGUGACCACCACCCUGGCAGCCAGGAGGGGCCUCACCAGCUUCUCCUUUCAGCACCUCCAGCCAGGCACCCCGUACUGGCUGGAGCUCAGCACCACUGCAGGGCCCUACACCACAGCAGGGCCAAAUGCCACCUCUUGGACAUACCCCCUGAGCCCUGGCAAUGUCACCCUGAGCAGGACAGAGGAGCAGAGCUCCUUGCAGGCUCACUGGAGCACUCCAGAGGGAGAGAGGGACUUCUACCUGGUGACCCUGCAGGAGGGGGAACACCACGCUCCCACCAGGAACAUCUCUGUCGAUGGGGAGAGUGGUCACGUCACCUUCCAUGGGCUGAGCCCUGGGAUGCAAUACUCUGUCCAGGUGACAGCAGUGGCUGGGCCUUACAGGGCAUCAGCCCGGAGCACAGCAGCCUGGACAGAGCCACUGGCACCAGCUGGGCUCAGUCUGUCCAGCCAGUGCAGCCCCUACAGCCUGCUGGCCAGCUGGGAGGAGGCAGUGGGACAGGGCUACCUGCUGACCCUCAGCCUUGGGGACCACCCUGUGAGGAACCAGUCCCUGCCCAGAGCUGUCACCAACUUCACCUAUGGGGGCCUCAGCCCUGGCACCUUCUACACCCUGGAGCUCAGCACCCUGGCUGGUCCCUAUGUGUCCCCACCCCGGCGUGUCAGCAACUGGACGUAUCCUUUGCCUCUGGAGCAGCUGAGCCUCAGCAACCACGGCCACAGCACCUCUCUGCAGGGCUCCUGGAGAGCAGCUCCCACUGGCAGCACUGGCUACACAGGCACCCUCUGGGAAACCAAAUCCUGGGAGAGGGUCAGGGACAUCCCAGUGGGGAACAACAGGACAAAUGUCACCUUUGAGGACCUGAUCCCUGGGCGACAGUAUACACUGGAGAUGGUUGCUCUGGCUGGACCCUACAGAUCCCCUGUGCAGUCAGCCACAGAUUGGACAUACCCUCUGGCUCCAGCUGGGGUGACCUUGGCCAACACCCGACGCCCUCUGGGACUCUCAGCCUUCUGGGACAAAUCUGCUGGUGAUGUGGACCAGUUCUUCCUCCAGCUCUACAGCAAGAGCCAUCCAGCUCAGAGGAACAUCUCAGUGGGGCCAAACACCCACAACUUCACCUUCCUGGGUCUGUCCCCUGGCAUUCAGUACUUCCUGAAGGUGACAGUCCUUGCUGGCCCAUACAGAUCCUCAUCACACUUUGCCACCGAGUGGACAUAUCCCCUGGCUCUGGCCAACGUCACCGUGCAGCCUGGCCGGAGACCCCAGGAGCUGCGUGUGAGCUGGGUGGAAUCAGGAGGUGGCAGAGAUCACUUGGUGCAGCUCUCUGUGGCCGAGUCCUUGUCCAUCAUCAGGAAUGUGUCUGUUCCCCGUGGUGUCACCCACCUGGACCUGGGGGGGCUGGUACCGGGCUCCCGGUACCGCCUGGAGAUCAUUUCUCAGGCUGGGCCCCAUCGCACAUCCUCUCAGACAGCCAUUGGCUACACGGUCCCACUACCACCUCUUUCCCUGUCUGCAAGCCCUGCCAGCACCCCUGGGGCACUGGCUGUGCACUGGGACACUCCUCUGGGGCAGAGGGAUGGAUACCUGCUGAGUGUGCAGAAGGAGGGCUCCUCUGCACCAGCAAGGAGCCUGGAAGCAGGGAAGGACAGCACCAAUGUCACCCUGACAGAGCUGGAACCAGGAACUUGCUACCUUGUUGGGAUCUGGGCAGUGGCUGGACCCGUCCAUUCCCUCCCCAGGAACAUCACAGGCUGCACGGUUCCUGCUGCACCAACAAACCUGAGCCUUACCAACCCAGGCAGCUCCUCAGAGCUUUACCUGUGCUGGAGCAAGCCCCCAGGCAGGAGGGAUCACUACCGUGUUACCCUGUACAGCCUCAGCACCCCGAGCAGGAAUCGGGUCCAGAUCUUGAGUCCAGAUGCUGAGAAUAUCACCUGGGCUCACUUGGAAGCAGGCAGCAGGUUUGCUGUGCAGGUCGCUGCUGUAAAAGGCUUUUUUGAAGCCUCUUCCACCAAUGUCACCCAAUGGACACAUCCCUUGGCCCCUGCCAACCUCACCCUGGGCAGCCCCUCUGCCUCGGGGCUGGAGGUCUCCUGGGCAGCAGUAAAGGGAGAAGCAGAAGGUUUUGUGGUAGAGGUCUUUGCCACAGCCCCCAUCAGCCGUGUGGGGCACGUGGUGUUGGGUAGGGAUGCCAGGAGUCACCUCUUCAGGAACCUGAGCUCUGGCACCCAUUACAGUGUGGCAGUGAGGGCCACAGCUGGGCCCUUCCAGACCAGUGCACCCAACCUCACCCACUGCACACGCCCUUUGCCCCCAGCUGCUGUGCGUUUGCUGAACCAGGGACACCCCGAGAUGCUGAGUGCCUCCUGGGGACCCCCGCCUGGGGGCCGAGAUGGCUACACCCUGACCCUGUACCAGGCAGAGCUGGGCACCGUGGCAGCUACAGCCUCACUUGGGAGAGACACCCACAACUUCACCUUCACGGGGCUGAGCCCAGGAUACAAAUACACCCUGGAAGCCAGAGCUGUGGCUGGGACAUACAGGGCAGCAGCACCCAACAUCAGCAGCUGGACCUGCCCUUUGCCCCCAGCUGCUGUGCGUUUGCUGAGCCAGGGACACCCCGAGAUGCUGAGUGCCUCCUGGGGACCCCCGCCUGGGGGCCGAGAUGGCUACACCCUGACCCUGUACCAGGCAGAGCUGGGCACCGUGGCAGCUACAGCCUCACUUGGGAGAGACACCCACAAUUUCACCUUCACGGGGCUGAGCCCAGGCAGCAAGUACCUGCUGGAGGUGGUGUCCCUGGCAGGCUCCUACCAGGCAUCUCCAGGGAACAUCAGCAACUGGACGUACCCUCUGGCACCCCGUAACGUGUACAUGACAAACCAGGGCUAUCCCAACAGGCUGAGUGUGUCCUGGCGAGCUGAACCCCAAGGACAAGAUGGUUACAGGCUCCUCCUGUACCACUCGGGGUCGGGUGCUGUGGCAGCCAAUGUAUCUGUGGGGAAAGGCAGCAGCAAAUUCACCUUUUCUGGCCUGGCUCCAGGACACAAAUACCUGCUGGAAGUGGUGUCCCUGGCAGGGCCCUAUGCAGCCUCCACGGGGAACAUCAGUGACUGGACAACUCCUUCAGUUCCCAAAAAUCUCUCUGUGGUGGCUGAAGGCAACAACACGAUGCUGAUCUCCUGGGUCAGUGUCUCUGGACAGCAGGAUGAGUGCCAGCUGUGGCUGAGGGAUCCCAGGAACCACACAUUGCCCUGGAGGUUUGCCCUGGGCAGAGGGCAGAGCCAGCACCUCCUCCAGGGGCUGAUUCCAGGCAGGAAUUAUUCUGUCUCCUUGAGCUGCGUGGCUGGGCCCUACUGGAGCAGCACCAAACCCCUGGCAGUGCCCAUGGAGCCAAACCCUGUGGAGAAUGUGCAAUGCCUGCCGGGGUCGAGGAGCAUUUACUUGAACUGGAGCAGCUCUCCUGGAGAUGUGGAGGCUUAUGAGGUCGUGACAAAGAGAGUUUCUGAUGGAGCUCCCAGUUCCAAGUUUGUCAUGAGUGUCCCUGUGAAUCAGGCCAGCCUGGAGGGGCUGGGGCCAAACUCAUCCUACCAAAUCCUUGUCAGCACAGUGGGCAUGAACACAAUGAGGAGCCAGGCUGUUACUCUGCUCUGCAGCACAACAGUGGAGGCUUUGCCUCCACCCCUGCGAGAAGACAUAUUCCAGGUGGAGGCCAGCUCCACAGUGAUCAUUUCAUCUGACCUGUUCAGUGAGGAGAAUGGCCAGAUUGAGUAUUAUGGUGUCAUUGCCACCACCAAUGAGUCAUUGUUGAGACCCACCCAGGAAAUUGUGUCCAGCACAUGGUAUGACCACUAUUAUGGGACAGAGGAUUCCUACCUGGCUGUGCUGAUCCCAAAUCCCUUCCACCCAAGCCCCAGGAGCUUGCCUGAAACCUGGCGAGUGCCAGUGGGAACAGAGGAAUGUGGCCAGUCCCGGGCAACCUGCAAUGGGAAGCUGAAAGCCAACGAGCAGUACAGGUUCAGCAUUGCUGCCUUCACCAAAUACGACCCAGUAGCCCCUGCAGUGACUUUCACCAUGUUCUCAGCUGCUGGAUCUGGUGCAGACACAGCUCCACUCUCAAUGCCAGUAAUCACGGGAAUCAUCAUAGGGUUUCUCUUGACACCUGCAGCUAUUUUUGCUUUGGUCUACUGGAAACAGCUCAGAGCAAAGAGAACCCAGAAGAGCAGCUUGCCACAAGAAAUGGUCACCUACAGCUUGAGAAACAUCCAUCGACCAAUUCCUGUGCAGAACUUCAAGCAGUACUAUGAGAUGAAGGCAGCAAAUGCAAACCAGGCUUUUUUCCAGGAAUUUGAGGAGCUGAAGGAAGUUGGGAAGGAGCAGCCAAAGGUGGAGGCCAAGCUACCAGCAAAUGUCUCCAAGAACAGAUACCCCCAUGUGCUGCCCUAUGAUCACUCCCGGGUCAAGCUGAGCCAACAAGGGGAGGACCCACACUCAGACUACAUCAAUGCCAACUUCAUGCCUGGCUAUACAUCCCAGCAGGAGUUCAUUGCCACCCAGGGGCCCCUGAAGAAAACCAUCGAGGAUUUCUGGAGGCUGGUGUGGGAGCAGAACGUCUGCAACAUCAUCAUGCUGACAGUGUGCAUGGAGAACGGGAGGGUUCUUUGUGAUCAUUACUGGCCAUCUGAAGCUGCCCCAGUCUCCUAUGGGCAGGUCCAGGUCCAUCUGCUGAGGCAAAGCAGCUCCGAGGAGUGGACGAUGCGGGAGUUCAGACUGUGGCACGAGGGUCUGCAGGCAGAGAGAAUCGUGUCCCACCUGCACUACACAGCCUGGCCUGACCAUGGAGUCCCAGAGUCGACGACUUCCAUUCUGACCUUCAGGGACUUGGUCCGGGAGCACAUCCAGAGCUCUAGGAAUGCAGGACCAACCCUUGUGCACUGCAGUGCUGGGGUGGGCCGUACUGGCACCUUCAUUGCCCUGGACCAGCUACUGCAGCAGAUGAAGCAGGAGAAGGUGGUGGACAUGUUUGGUGUUGUUUACACCUUGAGGAUGAGCCGUUAUCUGAUGAUUCAGACAUUGUCCCAGUAUAUUUUCCUGCACAGCUGUAUCCUGGAGAAGAUCCUGGAGGAACCCCUCCUGGGUUUAUCAGAGACAGAGACGUCCUGCCCCAUCCCACUGAAAACCUUUGCUCAGCACUAUGCCCAGAAAGCAGCCAAGGCCCACGUGGGCUUCCUGAGGGAAUACGAGAACCUUCUAGAGGUUGUGAAGAAAGAAGCCAGCUCUGCAACACCAUCUUCAGGCAACCCGCAGGCACGGCCCUCUGCGAGCAUCCUCCCAUAUGAUCGCUCCAGGGUCAAGUUUUCUCUGCUGGAACAGGGCCCUUUUUCAGGUCUCCUGCAGGUGUGGCGUGUCCCAGGCUGCAGCUCCAGCAGAGAGUAUCUGGUUGUCCAAGGGCCUGACAAGUUUACCAUGGAGGACUUCUGGACCCUGGUGUGGGAACAGGACGUUCACACCAUCCUAACACUUGUCCCAUGGCAGGAGAAGGGACAGGUCCCAAGUGAAGUGUGCUGGCCCCUGGCAGGUGACACUCUAUGCACAAAGAUGCUGACCAUCCAGUGUGGCACAGAGAAGCUUGUCUCUGGGUGGAGGUGGAUCCAGCUCAAAAUUAAGCAUGAGAAGAAAGCAAAGGAGAGGCAGGUACAGCAGUUCCUGUACACACUCUGGAGCAGCAAGAAGCAGCCCAAUGCCCAGAGCCUGGUGGAACUCCUGACUGCUGCCAGGCGGUGCCUGCCCCAGCGGAAGCGAGCGGCUCCUCUCCUGCUGCACUCCAGUGGUGGCAUGACCCAAAUGGGGACACUGAUUUCCCUGGACUGCCUGUUGCACCAGAUGAAAGCUGAGAGAGUUGUGGAUGUCUACAGGGUGACCCUCCAGCUAACAAGAAGCUGCUGUCUCAUGACCCCAAGUCUGGACCAGUACAUGUUCCUGUACACCUGCAUCCGGGACAUCAUCACUCAGAAACAGCCCUGACACUGCUCUACACCUCCUGGCACUCUGCAGGCUCCUGCCCAGAGCCAGGAGCUGGACUGAGAGCACCACAGAUCUUCUGGCACAGACCAAGCCCAGAGGGGACCUGUCCCAGCACUGCCAAGGAGUCCCACAGGGCAUAGAUGGUGACUCCUGAGCAGUGGGGCAAUGGCUGUCCUGCCUGACACUACUGCCACCCUUCUGUCCAUCCCCUGCUUUGGCUGUCUCCUGGGAUUCCCGGUGCCUGGAAGUCUUGCAGGAUGCAGUGCCAGCUGUGGGGGCUCUGCCCUGCCUUGCCCCAUGGCCCAGAAGGGGCAGCUCUGGGCUGACUGAAGUUUGGCAGUGGGCACCAGACAGUGGGCACCAUCACCAUCUCUGUGUGCCCGUGGGUGUGCUGAGGGCACAGAGACUGGUGUGGGCAGUGUGGUGGGAGCUGGCUGAUG